AUGGAGUUUCUGGGGACCACGCAGCUAGCCAGUUACUGUGGCACAAAGAAGAGCUGCCUGUUCCCAGACAUAGCUCCCACCAGCACCACCAAGGACACCUAUCAGCCCUACUACCUACCAGGCUACCGCUACCUCAGCUCCUGGAGGCCCAGUCCGCUUCACAAAGUGGUUCCGGUCCCUCCCAGCUCUGAAAAGCAAUUUAAUCCCACUGGGCGGCCGCCCACUAUUCUGCCCGCAUCACGCUCUACCCUACAUGCCCGCUACAGCACUCGUGACUGGCACCAUGCGAACAUGGUUCAACUAAAAGGCUCUGAAGCCUCCAGGUACUGUGCUGGUAGACUGAACACUGAUUCAAUGAGACUGAUGCAAGAUAAGGAUCAACUGACUUAUCAGAUGCAAGAAGACAGUAGAAGAAACCUGGGACAGAGGAUCUCUAACAUUGAUUUCUGGAGAUGUGAGCUCAGCUAUGAGCUAGAAUGUCUGCUGAAAGAGACCCAAGCCUUGGAAAAAGCAAAGCAGCGGCUCAAAUGUGCUGCAGAUGAAAUGCAAGGACCACUGAAGAUAGCCCUAGAAUGCUUGUACCACCGUGAGAAUCGGCAGGGUAUAGACUUAGUUCAUGAUGAUGUGGAAAAGAACCUCAUAAAG